AACGAGACCUUAGUCAUCAUUCCUUACACUAAAUUCAAUUUCUUACUAGCUCGAAAUAUAUUUUCUUUCAGCUCCCUAUGUACCCUAUCUGAAAAUUCUGAACCUCAAUCAUUUUGCUAUACUACCUUUCUGGGUUUUUCCAUGGACCAACUAAGUCAACUUUCAUCACUCUUAUCAUCAUCAUCAUCAAAUCUUAAUGAAUACAAAAUCCAAAUCAGUACUUUUCUGAUCAGUAUCCUGUUUGCCUAUAUCUUCUUACACCGAUGGAAUCAAAGGAAUAUAAAAGGCCCAAAAUCAUGGCCAAUCGUUGGUGCAAUCAUAGAACUUCAAAUGAACCUCCACAGGAUGCAUGAUUGGUUAACUGAUUAUUUUGUUGAAUCAAAAACAUUUAAAGUUCAAUUACCAAAUAUAACUAUCACUUUCAUUUCAGAGCCUGCAAAUGUUGAACAUGUUCUUAAAACUAACUUUAACAAUUACCCAAAGGGUGAAGCUUUUCAUGAAUUGAUGGAAGGGUUUCUUGGAGACGGAAUAUUUAAUUCAGAUGGUGAGAUGUGGAGGCAACAGAGAAUGAUUGCAAGUUUGGAGUUUGCUUCUAGGAAUUUGAGGAAUUUCAGCACUACUGUUUUCAGAGACUAUGCUUUGAUUCUCUCUGGUAUUUUGCACCAAGCAUCAAUUUGUGCCAAUGAAAUUGAUAUGCAGGAACUGUUCAUGAGGAUGACUUUAGAUUCUAUAUGUAAAGUUGGAUUUGGGGUGGAAAUUGGAACACUGGCUCACGAAUUACCCGAUGAUAAUCGUUUCGCUAAAGCUUUUGAAUGUGCAAUUAGUAAUGUUAUGCUUAGAUUUUUUAACCCUUUAUGGAGAAUAAAGAGAUUUUUGAAUGUUGGAUCCGAAGCAGUACUUGCUCAAAGUAUUCAAGUCAUUAAUGAAUUUACAUUCAAUUUGAUUGAUAAAAGGAAAGCGGAGUUACAUGAAGUAGCUAAAUCAAAUGAUAGCAAUGGUAGCAAGGUAAAGCAUGAUAUUUUAUCCAGAUUUAUUGAGUUGAGUGAGAACCCUGAUAAUCAAUUAACUGACAAAAGCCUCAGAGAUGUCAUUAUAAACUUUGUUAUGGCGGGACGUGACACAACGACAUCAACAUUAACUUGGUGUAUAUACAUGAUCAUGGUGAAUCCUAAUGUAGCAGAGAACAUCUACAAAGAGCUUAUAGCAUUUGAAGAAAACCAGGCUAACGAAGUUAUUGGUUACGAACCCGAGGACCUGAAAUCUUUUACAGCGAAAGUAACACAAUUUGCAAGUUUAUUGACUUAUGAUUCACUUGCAAAGCUAUCUUACCUGCAUGCAACAAUCACGGAGACACUUCGGUUGUUUUCUGCAGUGCCCCAGGACCCUAAAGGAGUAUUAGAAGAUGAUGUUUUACCGGAUGGAACAAAAGUUAGAGCAGGAGAUGUGGUAGCUUAUGUUCCAUAUGCCAUGGGAAGAAUGGUGUACAAUUGGGGACCUGAUGCAACUUCAUUCAACCCUGACAGAUGGUUCAAUGAAGAAGGUUUAUUUCAAAGUGAGUCUCCAUUCAAAUUCACUGCAUUUCAGGCUGGACCAAGAACAUGCUUAGGGAAGGACUCGGCAUAUCUACAAAUGAAGAUAACACUUGCUAUCUUAUAUAGAUUCUUCAACUUUCAUUUGAUUCCAAACCAUCCAGUUAAUUACAAAAUCAUGACAACUCUAAAUAUGGAGCAUGGUUUGAAGCUUACUAUAACUACAAGGCAUUCUUGACAUGUCUAGGCAAGAAAAGUAUAAUUCAUAGAUGAAUUUGUAUUAUCAUUUUAAGUGUAAUGUUAAAUUGUAUGCAAAAGCAAGCACCAACGGUACUCGCAUGCAACUGGUAUAUAUGGAUAAUUUGUCAGUGUUGUAUUGAUAAGUAAUUUCUACUUGUUCACACCCAAA